AUGUCUUCUAUGCAAGCAAAUUCAUUACCGAUGAAUAAACGUCUCCUUAAACGUUCGCCAAGUCAAACAGAUAUUGCUGCAUUCAAAGAUUUAACAAAAAUUGAUGCACUUAAAACAUUACAAAAAUCAUUAAAUAAACUUGUAUUAACUGUGCCACCUCAACUACAAAAAGAAGUUCGAGUAGAAUUCGAUGGAUUUGAAAAAUUAUUUAGUCGUUAUUUAAAUGAAAGUGUUGAUCAAGCAUCUAUUGAUUGGCAAGAUAUUCAACCACCACCACCAGAAACAGUAAUUCCCUAUGCAAAAUUAGCUGAAGAAGAAAUUGAAGAUACAAAAAGUUUACUGGAUAAAUUAAUUGUUGUUAAACUUAAUGGCGGUCUUGGUACAACAAUGGGCUGUCAAGGUCCAAAAAGUGUGAUUUCCGUACGAAGUGGUUUAACAUUUCUUGAUUUAACAAUUCAACAGCUUGAACAACUCAAUCGACAAUAUGAUUGUGAUGUACCACUUGUUUUAAUGAAUUCAUUUAAUACUCAUGAAGAAACAGAAAAAGUUCUUCAAAAAUACAGUCAUGUAUCUGUCAAAAUUUAUAAUUUUCAUCAGUCAAAAUACCCACGUGUUGAUCGUGAAACAUUACUGCCGGUUGCUACCAAUAUGAGUAGUCAAGAAAAUGAAUGUUGGUAUCCACCCGGUCAUGGAGAUGUUUAUCAAUCAUUUUACAAUUCGGGCUUACUUGAUCAAUUUAUUGAACAAGGAAAAGAAUAUAUGUUUUUAAGUAACAUCGAUAAUCUUGGUGCAACAGUUGAUUUACAUAUUCUUAAACAUUUAUUGACUGAUCAAACAAAACAUGAAUUUGUUAUGGAAGUAACAGAUAAGACACGUGCUGAUGUUAAAGGUGGUACUUUAAUUGAAUAUCAAGGAAAACUACGUUUACUUGAAAUAGCUCAAGUACCCAAGGAACAUGUUGAUGAAUUUAAGAGUGUUUCGAAAUUUCGAAUUUUCAAUACGAAUAAUUUAUGGAUUAGUCUUCCAGCUGUUAAACGUAUUAUUGAAGAUGAAACAUUACAUAUGGAAAUCAUUGUUAAUAACAAAGCAAUGGAUAAAGGUAUUAAUGUUAUUCAAUUGGAAACGGCUAGUGGUGCAGCAAUCAAAAGUUUCGAAGGAGCACAAGGUAUUAAUGUUCCACGUCGACGUUUCUUACCCGUUAAAACAACAUCUGAUCUGUUACUUGUUAUGUCUGAUUUGUUUACACUCAAUCGAGGUAAUUUAGUGAUGAAUAAGCAACGUUCAUUUCCCACAGUACCACUUGUUAAACUUGGUACCAGUUUUACUAAAGUUAAAGAUUUUUUAACUCGUUUUGAAAGUAUACCCGAUUGUCUUGAACUAGACAGUCUUACAGUAUCUGGAGACGUUACAUUUGGCAAAGGUGUUUCGUUACGUGGUACGGUAAUUAUCAUUGCUAAUCAUGGAGAUCGAAUCGAUAUACCACCUGGUGCAAUACUUGAAAAUAAAAUUGUUUCUGGCAAUUUACGUAUUCUUGAACAUUAA